AUGACAGUGAAAGCAAAUGAGCUGGAUAAAUUUCAUAAACUUAAUCGAAGUAUUCUUCAUGGUAAGGAUUGGGAAGAAGUUGCAGCUAUUGUUACUCUACAUAAUAAAUCAUCAUCCGGUGGUGGUGGUGGUGGUGGUGCUAAGAGUGUUGAGCAGUGUAAGAAUAAAGUUGAUAACAUGAAGAAAAGAUAUAAAGUUGAGUUACAAAGAAUGAAUACAUGUGGUGCUACUAAUUGGAUUGUUGAUAUUGCUAUCUUUUUUUAUAUGAAGAAGUUAUCAUUAUGUGUAAUUGGAAGGUUUCAAGUAUGUUCUCCUAGUGCUGGUGGUGGUUUAAGUUUAACACAGUUGGCAAAUCCUAGAUGGAAGAGAGUUGUAUUUAAAGUAAGUGGUGCUUCUCUAGUUGGGGCAGGUCCGCAGAAAACUGAUCCGAAGGUAUUGACUGUGGUUACUCUGCUGAUUGCUAGAGAAGUUGCAAGGGCUUGUAGCCUUGGCGUAGAGGUGGAUAUUAUUCUGGGUGGCCGUAACUUCUUUUGUGGUGACACAUGGGUAACUGCAACAGGCCUAGAGAGAUCAACAUAUCAAUUAGGGAUGUUGGCAACAGUGAUGAACUCCGUACUUCUUCAAUAUGCACCGGAGGCGUUGAAUGUCCGGACACGUGUACAAACUGCAUUUCCAGUGCAACAGCUUACUGAACCCUAUAACAAACGAAAGGCUAUCCGGCAUCUUGAAAAAGGAAGAGUUGUCAUAUUCGGGGGAGUAGGUGCUGGAACGGGAAACCCACUCUUCGCCACAGAUACCGCAGCAGCUCUGAGAGCAUCAGAAAGGAGAAGAGUGAAAGAAGGAAUUGGAACUGGUGCUGUAGAUGAGCACCAUUGGGCUGUUGAUCUGUGCGGAAUUUGA